AUGGGUGUUGACAAGCUAGAGAAGUGCUACUUUUCUCUCCUUUCAAUGCUUUCGUCUGUGCAAUGGGCCUGGAAUUUGUUGCUUCGUUUCUCCUUGUUCCCUUAUCAAAUACCUGCACCCAUUGGCCGCGAUGAUUUCAAGCUAGGGUGCCGGAAUUACAGCUGCAAGCAAGACGCGGGUGGUGAUGAAGAAGAAGAAGUUGAAUGUGCUAUAUGUCUAUGUAAGAUCGAUGAAGACGACGAGAUUCCAGAGUUGAGAUGCGACCACCUUUUCCAUAAAGUUUGUUUGGAUAGAUGGGCCGGACACCGGCGUUCCACCUGCCCUAUCUGUCGCACUUCUUUAACCCCUCGCCAACUAAUUUCCGGCGUGGAAGUCAUUCAUUUCAAAUACUGUUCUUUGGAUGAUACCGGUCACCGGGAAACCUGGUGGCUGCGUUAG